AUGUUACGCUCACUUUUAGAAUUUAUGGGGACUUUACCUGCCAUGUCCUCCCAGCAAUCACACUCAGCAGCACCUUAUUUGUUAUCGACCCCCUCAAUGGGUCGGAUUGACCGGAUGUCUUCCACGCUUUUGGCCAACCGUGGUCAAAUUUCCGGUGUUUUAGGGGACAAUGAGGGCAAUGUGACCACUCGCAAGAUUGUCUCAACUGAGAAGAUCCUGGCUGCCAUUGCCACCUUGUCGACAAAGAUGGAGUUGGAUAUUGCCCAUCUGUAUGACAAACUCAAAGAAGAAGUCGCUUUGUCUAAUGACAGUGUUGAACAUUACCACAUGUUGUCCAACAAUCUUGACUGA